AUGAGCGACAAUUUGAUGGAGAAGGUGAGCGCCUUUGGUGAGCGCCUGAAGAUUGGUGGGGCUGAGGUCAGCCGAAAGGUGUCGGCUGGCAUGAGCUCCAUGAGCUUCAAGAUGAAGGAGCUCUUCCAGAGCCAGAACCAGGCUGAGAAAAUUGUCGAGGAUGCCACCUCAGAGACCCUGGAGGGCCCCGACUGGGCCUCCAAUCUCGAGAUAUGCGACAUGAUCAACAGUGAGAAGGUCAACAGCGUGGAACUCAUCCGGGGAAUCAAGAAGCGGAUCGUUCUCAAGGAUCCCAGGGUUCAGUACUUGGCGCUCGUCCUGCUUGAGACAUGCGUGAAGAACUGCGAGAAGGCGUUCUCUGAGGUUGCUGCCGAGCGGAUCCUCGACGAGAUGGUCAAGCUGAUUGACGAUCCCCAGACUGUCGUCGGCAACCGGGACAAGGCUCUCAUGCUGAUAGAAUCAUGGGGAGAGUCGGGGAAUGAGCUCCGGUACCUGCCCGUUUAUGAGGAGACCUACAAGGUAAUUCUUAUUUAUUUCUUUCUCUGGGUUGACCAGGUCAGGCUCUCAGAAGGUGCUGUUGAUAGAAGUACAACCCAUCGAGCCUCCACGAUUAUAAAUUUUUGAUGGGUACAUUUUGGUGCCCUCCAAGAAGUAGUUUUCCAGGUGCAGAUUUCCUUUGUGAUCUGCAGAGAUUGAGAUUCAGGAAGUAUCCCUAUGCAUUUCCUGCCAUUGGUUGACUUUGACUUUGACCUCUGAGGAUCCUAUCCGUUGAUAUGAAUAUCUCUCAGUUCUUCCAUCAAGCUGCCACAACGCAGUCUGUGGAUAGAUACUUAGCACCCUCUAAGAGAAUUGUCAAAAAAGGAGCUUUCUUAUACGAUUUCCUUGUUUUGACUUUCAGAGCUUGAAAUCUCGGGGCAUACGAUUCCCGGGCCGCGACAAUGAGAGCUUGGCCCCGAUAUUCACUCCGCCAACCUCUGUCCCGGAAGGGGCGGCAGCGAACGCUCACGUGCCCCAGGAGCUCCUCCGUGACGUCCCAGUGCAAGGUCUCUCUUCCGAGCAAUCAAAGGAGGCGCUCGACGUUGCCCGGAACAGCAUUGAGCUUCUCUCCACGGUCUUAUCCUCUUCCCCUCAGCAGGAUGUUCUCAAGGUAUAUUCUGGUUUCAUUAUGAUCUCAUCGUUUAUAUAUUAUAUGGUUUUCAUCUGCUACGUCCGGUGGGGGGCUUUUCUCCCGUCCAAUCCCUCUUGUUCUUGCCAAGUUGGAUCGGGAAGCCCCUUGGAAAUGGAUGAAAACCAUGCCCCGAUUCAUGCGGAAUCUCAGUUUCUGUCUUUCUGAUUUGAAGAUUACACUGAUUUUAGCAGAGAUUUUUAUGUCGAUUGAGAUCCUGACUAUGGAGAGUAACCCGCUGAUGUGCUGCCGGCAGGACGACGACCUCACGACGGCGCUGGUGCAGCAGUGCCGCCAGUCCCAGUACACGGUGCAGAGGAUAAUUGAGACGGCCGGCGACGACGAAGCGCUGCUCUUUGAGGCCCUGAACGUGAACGACGAGAUCCAGAAGGUCCUCUCCAAGCACGAGGAGCUGAUGGCGCCGGCGCCGGCGCCGCCAGAGCCGGAGCCCGCCAUGAUCCCGGUGGCGGUGGAGCCCGAAGAGGGCCCCCGGGCCGGGAGGGAGGAGCCCCUGGUGAGGAGGCCCCCGGGGUCCCGGCCCCGGGGGCAGGAGGACGAGGACGUCCUGCAGGACCUUGACGAGAUGAUCUUCGGGAAGAAGGGCGGUGGCCCGUCGGCGGCGGAUGGCCAGGAACCUGGGAAGAAGGACGAUCUGAUCAAGUUCUAG